CAUACUCGGUCAAUAACCGUGUUCAACUCGCAUACCAACAUAGAUAUAUAAUAUAAAAAUGUAAUCUUUAUUCAGAACAAGUAUCAAAGAAACCAUUUUUAUUUUUCUCAAGCUUCAUCAAUGAAAUUUUCUCGAGAAAAUCAUAUGGGUAAAGAGAAAACGAUUCAAGAAGAAGAAGAAAAAGACUACAUUGAUCAACUCCCAGAUGAAAUUCUUCUCACAAUCUUCAACAAAAUUCUCGAUGCCAAAUCCCUAAUCCAAUGUCGAACGAUUUCGAAACGUUUCAAUUCUUUAAUUCCCCAAAUCGAUUCAAUUUACCUAAAUCUUUCUCAUCGAAAAAUUCCCCAAAAGAAACCUUUUUUCAAUAUCCCCAAAUCGAUUCGAUUUCUACAGAGCAUUAUUUCUCCUAAUAAAACCAAAUCGAGAUUGAACAACAACACUCGGAAUAUUCUCCAUUACCAACCUGAAGAAGCUCUCAAGAAUUUCAAUCACGUCAAAUCCCUAAAUCUCGAGAUUCCUUCUUCUGAAGAGAAAAACGACAAGUCGUUUUUGAAAUGGGCAGCAGAGUUCGGAACCAGUUUAAAGAGUUGCGUAAUUAUCGGGGCUAAUUCGAUAAGCAAAAACGACAAUGAAAAUUCGCAAUCUCGAAUUGAAUCUCAGCCGUUGAUUUUAUCCGACGAGGAAUUGAAGCUGCGAAUCGUGUGGAUGAUAUCGUCUUUAAUGGCUGCUUCGUCAAGACACUACAUGUUGAAACGCAUCGUCGUAGAUUUUCCAACUAUAUCAAACGUCGUCGUUUCGGAUGAGGAGAAAAGAGGGAAGGUUUAUAUGGGAGCGGAGCAACUCAGUGAGUUGAGAUUGAACUCGGUAAACGACGAGUUUAAAUUGUCGUUGGAGAGGAGUGUUAUACCUGAUUUGAGAAUGAAAGUGUGGUAUGUGCCUAAGCUUGAAUUGGGGUGUGGGCUUGUGAUGAGUGGGGCCACUCUUGUGGUGAUUAGGCCCAUGGUGAGUGGUGAUCAGGCCCAGGCCCAGGCCCAUGAUGAUAAUGAUGUGUUUAGAAAUGGGUUUGAUUAUGAAAAUGAUGAAGAGAAGAAGAUUGUGGGUGAAGCUAUUGGUGAGAUGAUUAAGAUGAAGAAGACUUAUGUUAUGGAAAUGACUUCUUUUUAAUUAUAUCACUUUGUUCAAUAGUUUUUUUUUAUUUAUUUUUUGUGAUACGAAAAUUGAUUAUUUAUUGGAAAUUCUUUGUAAGUUUAAACUAAAACAAUUACAUAAUUAAAAUGUGGUGUUUGUGUUUCA